AUGAAGAUCGUUGCCAUCCUCGGUGGAAGCUACGGCGAGGCCCGCGAUGCCACUAUCCUCGCCAGGGCCUCCCCCACGGCUGGCGCGUCGUUCUCGUCGACUGCGACUCGCACAUCAACCAUAUUUUGUUCUCCCCCGCUCAUCUACACCCUCGGCUCGCACCUCCCCUCUCCCAUCAACCUCUGGAAGCCUGCCACGGAGGAUACGGAGAAGGCGGAGGUUCUCGACGUAGCGCGCGGCACGAAGGAGGGCGGGGUCGCGUUCCUCAAGCAGUUCCAAUGCCGCUCGCGCGCGGCUUCCAUCCUGGUCGUCGGUGCGGGUGCCCUUGUUAUUCAAUUUGUCUCGGAUUUUACGGAGAUCUAUCCAGCUGCAAAUGUCGCCUUGCUACACUCUCGUCAUCGCCUCCUGCCGAGGUUCGACGAGGCGAUGCACAGCGAGACUCUGAACGAUUGCACCAUUCUCGGCGAACGCCUCUACCUCGCCUCACUCGCCGACAACAAGCACUGCAACGGCGAGCGCGUCGUCCGCACACGGCAGGCGCGAAGUACAGGGGGAGCUGGUGGUAUGCGCCCUCGCCGCUCCUCCCCGGCGCCUUUCCUCACUCUGUCGUCGCCGAUGGCCCCGACAAGGACCUCGCACGCGUCCGGCGCACGCUCCAGACCGUGGAGCCCGCCCAUGGGUCCGAAUUCCCGACCGCCCUCCAUGCGCUCCCUCGCGACGGCCUCCAUCUCUGCCGGACCCUCGUCGACAGAGCUCUCCCCCAUCGACGUCCGCUCAAACGACGCGUCCGAGCCUGCGACCUCCGACAACGCCUCCUCGUCCUCGUCACAGGUACAGCUCGAGGCCAUCGAGGACGCGAGGACGCGCGUCGCGGCGGCGCACAUCUUUGCGAUCGGGGACGCGGCAGACGCGUUCGGCGUGGUGAACGUGGGGCACAAUGCGUUCUUCCAGGGCGAAGUUGCGGCGUGGAACGUCAUCCGGCUGAUCAAGCGGGCUGAGCGCGAGGAGAGGGCCGAGGCAGAGGUUGCGUCGAGGGAGGUUGUCGAGUCGGUCGGGCAGGACUGGGAGGGUGAGAAGGAGGAGGCCGAGGCGCAUGAGGAGAAGACGGAGAAGUACACCCCAGGCGCGCAGGCGAUCAAGGUGUCCCUCAGUCUGAAGAAGUCAGUCUACCAGUGUCAGGGCAUCAUCGGCACGCGCGAUCAGGAACAGGCCGGCGUCGACAUCCACAUGAUGUGGCGCUACUUCGGGUAUGAGGGGAUCUCGACGCGGACCGUCCGGACGAGGAGAUCCCGGGCGCCGUACCGCGACCGCUCCAAAGCUGUAGAAUCGACGUCAUUCACUGUUUCUUCAGGGGAUGUCGGAAGUGGCGUUACUACCACGUUGAAGUACUGA